AUGAAUGGAAGAUUUAAAUUAUAUAAAACAGCAAUCAUGACAAAGAGCUCUACAUCAAGACAGGAAUACAAAAAGGCUAGGAAUGAAGUUACUUCUGCUUUGAAGAAUGCUUAAGUGUCCUUUUUUUCAAACCUGUUUAUAGAAGUUGAGAAAACAGGCAAAUACUGGAAUUUACUUAAUAAAGCAACAAAGCCUACCAAGUGUAAAGACAUUGAACCUUUAGAAAGAGAACUACUUGAAAAAAAUACUUGAUGACAAAGAAAAAGCAUGCAGAAUAAACUCACUCUUUGCAACAAUAGGAAACAAUUUAAUCAACAGUCUUCCUACUCCUGGGGAUGAUGAAUUUCGUCUUGAAAUACAACAAUGCCAGCCACCACAACUGGACAAAUUUAAAACAGCACAUGACUUUGUGUGGGAAAAGGGAAGCAGCUGA